UAAUCAUAAUUUUCUAUUCAAAUUACGUCUUUUUCAUCUUUCAUCUUUACCUCUACGAAUAUCUCGACUUCAGCUAGCAGAGAAAUCCACCCCUAGUCGCUUUCCAACAAGGUGUACAUACAUUAGAACUACGGCGUGUUUAUAUCAACUGCUUGGCCUUAUCACAUCUUUGCAUAAUGUCGCGAGACUCAGCAGUAUCAAGAACGUCGCUGUCGCGGCCAGCGACGGGGACGAGCACUAGACCAACCCAAACUAUACCGAUACUUAUGCUCAACGGCCGUAUAAUGACUGAGGAGGAGAUGUUCCAACAUGGAAACCCCAAAAUUCCCCGUUCUAUAUCUCGUCCACCGGCGCGGCGCGGCAACGACACUCCGCAAGCAGAUGCCAGUCGCUCCUCCGCCAAGCCUCCCGCCAAACCUCCUAUCUUCGGGUCUACAUCCCACAAGAAAGGGAUGAACGAAGCCAUGGCCCAGCUAAACCUAAGCCACAACACCAAGAAGGUGAACAGUGGUCCCACCACAACCCCCCGCCAGUCCCUUGACCGCAAACCGCCAAACCCAGCGCAUGGCGCAGAGUUCCAGCGCACGCACGCCGCGCGCAGCAACCGGCAAGCCCCAUCGCAACCGGGUCAACAAGGGCCAACAGACCUUACCACGAUCCCCUCCCCAAGCCAGAUCCCCGCGCUCCUGAAACAAACCGACGAAGAAUGCCGAUACGCAAGCCGCAACACACACUACUGGACAUGCGACGGCGAGCGGGACCUCUGGCAACAACUCCUCGUGGCCAAACUCGUGCUCGCAAAGCACCAGCGACUAAACGAGACCCAAGGCUCAAUGCUGCGGUCCAUACGCCUGUUCUCCCGGAUCGAGCGAGUCGAGAUGCGGUACCGACUGCGGCAGAUCCGGAACUCGCAGGGAAAGGCGCGGGAGAAAGCGGAGAAAGCGGCGAAGGCGCGAGAGAAGAAGAUGAGGAAGUUGGAGGAGGAGAAGGCGCGGAAACAGGAGGAGGCGAUGGAGGUUGUGAUGAAGUUGUUGAAUUCGAGGCAGCGGAGAGGUGAUGAUUAUGGGUGGUUUGGUGCGAUGUCUGUUCGUGGGAAUUGGAGGGAUCUGCCGAGGUGAUUUUUUCGGUUUUUGGAUGUUCAUGGGGAAAAAGUUAUGUUUAUGGAAGGAUAUACCCAAUUGACGACCCUAGGUAUCUAGCAUUAUGGCGGAGUUAUUGGACGGGAAUUGUAAUAAUGAAUCAUGUUGAGAGUCUACCUAGUAUUAAGUCAGUUUGGGGGUGGAUCAUAGGAAAGGGAAGGAUCGCAUCCCUUCAAAAGGGGGGAAUACGAGGGGCUUUUGCACAGCGGGAGAGGUUGCCGUAUAACCCGGUGAACAUCAUUAAAUACCUAGGAAAUUACAACGUUGGA